AUGUCCGCAUCAGACAUUCCAAACCUUCUCAGUUCUCUCCGCAGCGCCCGUGGAGGUCGCGGUCGCGGAAGAGGUAGAGGUGGCCAUGCUUCCUCUUCAGCUACCCACGACUCCACCAUUCAGGGCACUGAUACUGAUGCUUCUGUGUCGAGACUGAGUGCUGUUGAUCUUGGAUAUCUGGAUGACCCUUUUGCUCAGUACUUUGUUCAGAGUUCUGAUGGACCUGCUGCUAGACGGCUUCCUAUUAUCAACCGAGGAACAUAUACGAGAACAAUUUCUCUAAAUACUCUCAUUGAGUCAUUCUUAAAUGCAGAUGGAGACUCUGUACCGAAACAAAUUGUCUCGUUAGGUGCUGGUACUGAUACACGACCUUUUCGACUAUUCGCUUCAAAGGCCCGUCCUGGCUUGGUCUAUCAUGAGCUUGAUUUCGAAGUCGUUACUUCCAAGAAGCUAAGGACUGUUCAAGCUGUGCCUACGUUGCGAAACAUCUUGACAAAUGUCACACAACUAACGGAGCACUCCUGGUCAAGUAGGCCUUCAACGGGUGGUGAAUACUACUGCCAUGGCCAAGACCUGCGCAACUUUUCUCAAACGAAAGCAUCGAACGAGGAAGAUGAUGCUCAGUCAACAACACAAGAACGACCAGAGGUCACUCUCCCUGGUCUUCGCACCGAUAUCCCCACACUGCUCCUCUCAGAAUGCUGUCUCUGCUAUCUCAACGCCAGCGAAGCUUCAGACGUACUCAACUUCUUCACAACCCGCAUCCCCAAUCUCGCAACCAUAAUCUACGAGCCCAUCCGCCCAGACGACGCCUUCGGUAAAAUGAUGGUAUCGAAUCUCGCAGCGCGACGCAUCCAGAUGCCCACCCUCAAAAUGUACCCUACACCAGAAGACCAGCGAGCGCGGAUGAGCAAAGCUGGUUUCGAGACGGUGCAUCAUAUGACGAUUGAGGAUAUCUGGCAGAAUUGGGUUUCGCCCGAGGAGAAGCAGCGAGUGGAUUCGUUGGAGGGGUUGGAUGAGGUUGAGGAGUGGAAGUUGUUGGCGGCGCAUUAUAUCGUUGUUUGGGCUUCAAGGGGGAAUGGGUUUGGAAGCUGGGGAGGUAUUGGAGGAGGAGCGUAA